AUGAGUGGCCCCUGCCUGGGGCUGCGCAGGGCCGGGGUCCUGCUGUCCCUGGGCGCCGCCGCGCUCCUGCUGCUGCUGCUGCCGCGGGGGCAGCGCCCGCCCGCGCCCCGCGCCCCGCCUGCCGCCGGGCCCAGCACCGCCUCGCCGCACCGGCCGGGCCCUGCAGGCUCUAGCGGGCCCGGCCGAGGCCUCGUGGGCAGCCCGCAGCCUGCGCGCAGGGGCCGCCCCGGCGCUGCCGCGGGCCCUGCCAGGGAGGCGCUGGAGCUGAAGGAUAUCUUCAUCGCGGUGAAGACCACGAGGAAGUACCACAAGAGCCGGCUGGACUUGCUCCUCCAAACCUGGAUCUCCCAGGCGCGGGGACAGACAUUUAUAUUCACAGACUGGGAGGAUCAGGAGCUACGCCUGAAAGCAGGGGAUCAUAUGAUCAACACCAACUGUUCUGCUGUCCAUACUCGGCAAGCUCUCUGCUGCAAGAUGUCUGUGGAAUAUGAUAAAUUCUUGGAAUCUGGGCAAAAAUGGUUUUGCCAUGUGGACGAUGACAACUAUGUGAACCCUCGGACUCUCCUGCAUCUCCUGUCUGCCUUCUCACACAGCCAGGAUGUCUACGUGGGGCGACCGAGUCUAGACCAUCCCAUCGAAGCAGCUGACCACGUCCAAAGUGAUGGAUCAAAGACAACCGUGAAAUUCUGGUUUGCCACAGGUGGAGCAGGGUUCUGUAUCAGCAGAGGUCUUGCCUUGAAGAUGAGUCCCUGGGCCAGCCUGGGCAACUUCAUCAGUACUGCAGAAAGGGUGCGUCUCCCUGAUGACUGCACCAUUGGCUACAUCAUUGAAGGGCUGCUGGAGGUAAAGCUGCUGCACAGCCCCUUGUUCCAUUCCCACCUGGAAAAUCUGCAGAGACUACAAGGCGAGUCUGUGUUGCAGCAGGUAACCUUGAGUUACGGGGACCCUGAGAACAAACACAAUGUUGUGAGUGUGGGAGGAGUGUUUGGCCUUCAGCAAGAUCCAACCCGGUUUAAAUCUGUCCAUUGUCUGCUUUAUCCUGAUACUAUUUGGUGCCCUGCUAAGAAGAUGUCAUAAUUCUUGACCAGCCACUGACACCUGUAUAUUACCUAGUUUGCAGGAGUUGUGGUGGACUUUUUUGGUGGUUUUAUUAUUCUUCUGGGAGACAACCAGUGUUACCUACAAAGGAGAUAGACAGACUAUUUAGAAAAGCAAUAAGGUGUGGUUUGUUCAGCUGCAGCGUGGAACGUUCCAGGAAGAAUCUUUGUUCUUUUGUCCGGUGGUUUUCCGUAAGAUGACCACAGUGCUGUGUGUACAAGUCACUUUACACUUUCUUCUGAUGUCAUGUGAACUUGUGCUUGGGCACAUCUGAGGCAAAUGCAGUACUGGGAGUGAGACCCUUCUUACUGCCCUUAGGGGCUUUUAGAAACCAUUGUCUUGAAGCUGGAGCGCUAGAGCAGUCUGUAGUCCCCAUGGUGACAAGAGAGGGGAAGUUUUCACUGGUCUUUCUUGGGAACAGAAUUUUUAAGGAGCUUCUUUGGCCUGCCAGAUCAAAACUCCACCCGUGGGCCAGAAUAGGGUCUGUUCUUAGAUACAGAAAUCCUGGAAAAUCACUAAGGUAAACAAGGCUGAAAGCCCUUGUAAUGAGCAAACUCUGUGUAAGGGUAAGCUUACUGAGGACUGGAUAAGAGUUGCUUACAGUGCACAUCCUCCCCUGUUGUCCAUGUGUGCCUCCUGUGGAGGUGAUUGUCAGACCUGGCUCGCCUGCCAACUGAACUGCAGUGGCUGAUGAUUAUGAUGGUGGUCUGCCAGGUCUGAGACUAUUCCCUUGAUGUUUGAUACUGAAGAAAUAUUUGCCAGACAAGAUGGUAAUUGUUUCUGCCACAUUGCCUAUAGUUGGUCACGUGAGCUGGCACAGCUUGGGCUGCCAAAACACGCCCUGUUUCUGAAGCUGUCUGAGGGAGGAGAAAUGCUAGAUAGCUGCAAUGUGCUGAGGAAGGUCUUGAUGGUGUCAUUUGAGGACCUUUAAUUGUAUGACCAUGGUUACUCCAGCUUCUUCAGAUAAUCUUCCAAUUAACAUAAGGUCAAGGUCAGUUCUUACUUUUAUUCCUUAAAGUUUUGAUAAAUAGUUCAUCCAGUCACUUAAAGGAGCACAUUAUGAAUGUGCUCAUUCACACGGAGGCAGAAGUUCAGUGCUGUAGCAGUAUCAUCUACUGCUGCUUUUUAAAGAAAGUAAACAGUUUUGAAAGUGCAAGGAAUGGUGCUCCAUAUGUUUACUUUCCUGUUAGCCCAGACUUUGGCCAUGUGCAAUCCCCACCUGACCUGAAGAACAGCAUGAAAAAUGACUUUGCAAAAUCACUGUUCAUUCUUCCAAACUCUUCAGAAAAAUACUUACUGGUUUAGUGCUAGAGUCUAAGGCUGAAUUAAGGGGAGAAUAAUGGAAUUACAGUGUAUGAUGUGGAACUAUGAUUGCUGGCUAGAAUGCAGACCUAGCAGAAGUUUCAGAUUUCUAAACAGCUGUGCUCAGCUGUACUGUGGGCUUCAGCUAGUUACUGAACUUCCUGGCAAAUGCCUGCAGUGUAUUUUAUGAUGCCAUUUAGCAAAGGUGUCAGCCUUCUGAAAUAUACUGUUUCCUGCAUUCUGCUUUGUAACACAAAACUUUCAGCGUUUACCUCAGUACUUUGUCCUCUUUGCAUGUUCUACUCAGUUCUACUGAGGAGGAAACAAGCUGACUUCUGUUACAGUCCUGCAAUUCCUUCCUGUAUUUUUCUUUUCUCUCAUAUGUCUAAGGUGACAGGUAUGGGAAUAAGAAUGCUGCAGGGAAUUGGCUCAAAAUCCAGCCAGCACAGUGACUGUUCCAUAACGGGCUGUCAGUGUUACAGGUGUGCCUGGCACAGAAAACAGAGGAGGACUUGAGGAACAGUAGGCUCUGCCUCCUUAUUAGAUCUUCUGCUGGCUAGAACUGAGGCACCCUGUGGUUUAAUGAUUGGUCAUUAAUAGCUCUGGAGAUUCCUGGUAUCUAUAUAAUUUUUUAAAAACACUUGUUAGGUUCUUGUUUUUAACCUCCUGUAGCAGAAAAAUGAAACUUCAUGAGCUCUUGAGGCAAUUUUGUCUUCGAGCACUGAUUCUGAACUCUUCUGUUGGAGCUUUUCUUCCCCUUGCACUGGAAGCAGCCUCUUGUAAGAUAACACAGACAGCAUGGACUGGGCGGCAGUUGUAUGGCAAACUGCAGUUAAAAAAUUACAACACUUCAUACUGAUGGCAGCAAAACUAAGUAGAAGUUUCACAUUGUGGUCACUGGUCAACCUAAAAUAGGUGUGCCAAAGAGGCGGUGCCCUCGAAGUGGGGAGGGUGUUUAUGGAACUUAAAAGGACCAUGUUCUCCUGCAAGGCAAUAGGGAACUGUUCGGUGUGUUCAGGCUCCUUCCAUGGUUUCUUGUGUUGAGAAUACAGUAAGCUGUGUGGAUCUAUCAGGAUGCAGCUUUUUAAAAAAACCUACUUUUUCAUACAUAAAGUGAUUCUACAAAAUAAAUAUUUAAAUAUGUCAAA